AUUUUAAUGACUCUGUGAAAAAUAAAAUGAAACUUGUUUCGUUGUUAUUUUUACAAUUUUCUAAUUACAAAGUUUUCAAUUUAGUAAUUACUAAUUGUUAAUAAAUUACGUCUCAGAAUUAGGUGUAUAUUGUAGUUAUAUAAAUACAAGUUGUAAUGGCUUACACAGAAAAGGUGUCACUAAGUGGAACCGCGCUUUCGUUCUUGCUGUACGAAUGUAUAAAUUCCGUAAAUAGUCAGGAGGGAUUUCUCAUAGGAGAUAUAUCAUCAGAAAUUACUAACCACAUAUCAGACUCGCACAGUGAUAAUGCUAGACUGGAUACACAGAUAGUGAUAAGAACUGUAUUACCAUUGCCCACUGUCUCCUUAUUUUACUUACCUACAGGCAGAAUAAAGGAAGAUGUCCUCGCAGGCUUGCUCUCUAACACAGCUAGUGAAGUCGUUGGCUGGUAUAAAUAUAGAAAGAACACUAAUAUCAAGCCUACAUUUAGGGAUAAAUUAAUAUCAAAAGGUUUGCAAAAAUAUUUUGAUAAAUAUCAUGGAAAGAAAACAUUUGUAACUUGUAAUUUAUCUAAUAAAUGUUCAUCUUCCGGAUCAACUCAUAUGUUUACGUAUAGAUUUGGAAAGAUUAAUUGUUAUGAUAUGUAUGAAUACAUUGAAGAUGUAACUGCAAAUCUGGGUGAAAAACAAACUGGAUAUAAAAAGGCCCAUAGGUUAACACCACAGUGUGUUUUUAAUAAAAUUGUAAAAGACAGUAAUGUGCAAUGUAAUGCUUCUGCCGAUGCAAUAUUGCGUAUUCAGGAAGCUGUUGAUGUCAGACUUAAGAAAGAAGCUAAAAUUGCAGCAAAAAAUGAAUGUACAAUCCGAGAGCUAGAAGCAGAAAUAAAGCAAAUGAGUGCCAUUUUGGCAGAAAAACAAGCUUCAGAUUUACAAAGUGCUUAUGAUAAACUAACAAGAGAGAAAUUUAAAGUAAAUCAAGUAGAAAUGGCUGAAGCCUGUAUUGAAGCAUUACAAACACCUCCAGAUACAGAUAUAUUGAAUGUUCCUAAUAUUUUAAUGAAUAGCAAUCAUUUGACAGAAAUUGAGAAUCCUAACCAAUUUGAAAAUGAUAUAAUAGAUAGAAGUCCAAGUCCUGUAUUAAUGCCUAGAAGUACAACUAAGCCAGUAUUGAAUUAUGCUGCAGCAUUAAAACACAAUAAUGAAACACCUUCAACUAGUAAACAGAACAACUUCAGUGAUGAUUUAAUAAGUUUUGAUGUUGAAGACAAACAUACGAAAAAAUCAAUAAUUAUCAAUGAUGAUAUGAAAUGUUUUGGAGACAGUUCACCUGAAUAUUGACAAGUGCCUUAUCAUUUAAAUUAAUAACUUGAAUAUGUUACCAUAUUAGUAUUAGUAAACUAAACUUUGUACUAUUACUUAUUUCUAAUUUCGUUUCUAGUAAUGUUCUAUAUCAAGUAAUAUAUUAAUACUGUUUAAUUGUAAAUAACAAAUGAUUUGAUGGCAACAGUAGGUUGCAAAUUCAAGAUAUCCUUCAUUUUAAUAUCACAUUAUUAAGAUGUGGUUGUAUUUGGAGUGUAACUUUAUACAGUUGGCUAUUUUUUUACU